AUGACAUUUAUAGUACUUUUGUCUUUGGCAUUCACCCUCGUCUUCUCUCAGUUGAAUGAUAAACUACCAGAGAUCGACACUGGGUCCACUUGCAAGGAACUGGAGAAACCGGAACACGGGAUGUAUCAGUGCCGUACGACGGAGGAGGGAGUGCAGUGCAAGCUAACCUGUGACGAGGGGUACACCUUACCCAUCAAUGAGUAUAACAAUGACGGCCAGCACAUCCCGUUGCAAGAGCGUGGCUUCUACCUCUGCACAGACACUCCCGGAGGCUGGAUGUGGCGACCCAUUCAGUUCUAUGACUGCGUUCCCAAGGUAGACCCGGCCUACUUCGUGUACUACUACUCACUGACCAUGCCCCAUCCAUGCUCCAAUGACAACCGCAGGGAGGAGUACCUCGACUCCUUCAAUGUCAACAACGACAUGGGGAUUACGAAAAGAGCCUGCAUGAGGGAGCUAACUCUAAACUGUUUCUGGACCUACGACAUUAGAUGCCUCAACGGAGCCUGGCAGGUAGACGCGUGGCUGAGAAUGCCGUUUAGCCCGGAUAUGUUGGACACCUUCGAUGUCUGGUUCUCCACAUUUGAAGGCUACUCACAAAACGAAAGUUCGAGAUCCUUCAUCGUCGAAGGCCAACAGGGGAACUCCUGGAUCAACAGGAAAGGCUUCUACAUUGAGUGCCCUAUGGCAACCCGGAUCGAGAAUGAUUAUACAUGUCGUGGAUGCUCGAAGGGCUACUACAUGUCCCAGAGUCUGUUGGAGUGCCUGCCCUGUCCGCCUCAACGCUACCAGGAUCAUGACUACUCCCACACGUGCAAGCCGUGCCCGUCUGGGGGCAACAAGGAGACCACUGGACUCACAAAGUUAAUUGACUGCUUUCAUUUCAGCCGCUGGGAAGAAGGCACAAGCCUGGAAAGAAUUUUCGCAGGACUGGGCUGUGUGGUGAUCUUCUCCUCCUUGCUGCUCUACUAUCGCAGUCAGAUCCGAAACGAGCCGGAUGGCAGACACCGGGAAGUGUACGUGGAACACCCGGUUCAGGCGAUUGGCGGAGGCCCACUACAGCGUAUGAUGCGAGAGCUGCAUUCUAUGGACUUUUACCCGUCACAGUUUGACAACAUGAGCGUCUCAGCCCAGCUGGCGUCGGAGACCACCCGGCUUGUCACCCAAAGCGGAAAGAGUAAAUUUGUUUCGCUUGUUAAAAAGAGAGCGACAUCGCUAUCGAGUUCUGGAUCAUCAGGGUCAUCAGACAGUAGCAGUGACUAG